AUAAAAAAUAAAAAACCCAACGCACGCACCCUCCUCCUCCCUUUCUCUCAGCUCGCCGCCUCUCUCACCUCCACCUAGCAGCCAUUCUCCCUGCCCACCCCAUCGUCUUUUUCGAUUCUUUUAGAAAUUAUAGUUGAGAAAAUACUGAGGUAGUUGCAGCCUGCAGGGAUACAAAGGCCUUCGAUUUCAUAGCAGUUGUUGUUGUUGGCAUUCUGGCUCUGAAAAUACUGAAACACAGUUGUUUUAGUGUUAUAGAAGUUGGGUUUUUUUGGUGUCUAAUGAUUGUCUUCUCUGAAUCGGUCUUCUGCUGAAAUAGAUUAAAACAGAGAACCGUCUGACUCGUUGUGGGUAUCAAAACACUCUGUUAUUAAACAGUUUUUUAUCGUUCUGAAGCUCUGAUUUUUAGUGGGAUGAAGAUAGUACAGGCUAAUUCCGGUGUGCUUACUAAUUUCGACGUGCUUAAAUUUCUAGAAUCUCGAGGGGCUUCUGAAGAUUCAGCACGGGUUUUUUCUGACGUAACGCCAUCAGAAAAUAAGGUUUAUGAUUAUUUGUUUGGGACUCCUGCUCGUGGUCAAACAACGGAGAAUAUCAAUGAGUUCAAGGAAAAGUGUAAGAAGUAUGACCUUGCGGAAGCUGAGGUGCUCAAUAUCAUCAACACUAGGCCAUCUAGCAUUGUUGGAAUCUACCCGCUUAUCGAGAAUUGUGACUUGCGUUUAGGAGAUACUGUUGAAGAGCUGGUAGAAUUGGUAGUAGAGGUGUUUCCACCUCAUCCUCCAGCAAUGACUGUCGAAAAUGAUGCAAAAACCACAAAUGUGGAAAAAAUGUUUGAGAGCAAGUUUAUCAUGUUCUAUGUGAUUCAUUCCUUUCGUUUUUACGUGUACAUGCGCUAA